AUGAUGUCGGCCCAAGCUCAUAUACAAUCUAUACGAGACGACUGGCUGCUGCAUCCUAUAUCGACAGCGCAUUCUGCUCUCGAAAGGAUGCUGUCUCGAGCCUGCGAAGACCUAUACCCCAAGGACGGGCAUCUAAUCCAAGAGCACGUACAGAAUGCCGACGAUAAUACGUACCAUCGAGAUGUUGUGCCGACAUUGCGCAUGUGUCUUACAGACACAACGUUCGUGACAUCCUCGAACGAGGGUGGUUUCAGUGAGGAAGACAUGAAGGCUCUCUGCUCUGUACACGAGAGUAGGAAGGCUGAGAGGAAGGCAGACGGCCUCACGGGUGAAAAGGGCAUAGGAUUCAAAUCCUCGUUCAAAGUGGCGAACGUGGUUCACGUUGCGUCAAAUGGGUACCGCGUCAAGUUCGAUCGGCGAAACCAUCUUGGGAUGGUGUGUCCCGAAUGGGACGAUGAUGCCCCCAGCGUUGACGGGGAGACGGUGUUCGCGAUGGAUCUAUUGCCAGGAGCGGCAUCAACUUUGGCGAAAGAGCUGCGCGAUUUCAGUUCGAGCACACUUUUCUUCUUACGACGCCUUCGCGAAAUCAAGAUCGAGAUCCGCACAAGCAAUUCUCCGGAGUCUUUCUCGGUCAGUUACACACGACACUGUGGCGACACGCAAACCAUAGGACUCGACCCAGUGCGCAUCGACUGCAAUGAAGCCGGACUCCCCCUCACCAACAUUACGUGCCUCAUGCAUCGCUUGUCUAUACGAAUGGCACAUAUCGACGAGCCCAAGCGUCGUGGCAUCGAGACAACUGAGGUCGUCAUAGGAUUCCCAGUCAAUAGUGAUGGCUCACCAGUCAUCUCGCGCCAGCCAGUCUUUGCAUCCCAACCUAUGAAGUCUGCGGGCCUCUCGUUCAUCGUGCAUGGCGACUUUUUGACCACAACCAAUCGCCGGGAAGUACUGCAAGACCCGGACUGGAACCGCCGUAUUCGCGACGAAAUUUCAUCUGGAGUCAGCGAGGCUGUCGAGGCGCUUCUUGCCCACGAAUCACUUCUCAGAUACGCUUGGCCGUUGUACCUUUCCAACGAAGUUAUCGACCCAUUCUUCCGCCCCGUGAUGGACCGCACAGUGGAUGCACUACGAAGGAAGCGCGUCGUUCUGGAUGAGAUGCAGGUGCCAAGAAUGGCGUCCCAGGUUUUCGCCCUCCCCACUCAGUACUGCUUUGGAGGAUCGCCCUUAAUUCCCUCCCAGUUUCUUGGUGGUCGACGAUACCUUCACCCGGACUACUCGAAUGUCACCGGAAAUCCUAUCGCUAUUCUCCAGCAACAGCUCUCGCUCCGUGCGAUGCGGGACGUACACUACAUCGACGGGCUGUGCGCGAUGUCUCGGCGGAAUCAGUUCCCCUCUCGAACCCCAGGAUGGCACCGCGCAGCCGCUUCCCAACUGCUCCACAUCUAUGAUCGAAACGACUUCCUGAGAGCUCGGAUCAGGUGCCUUCCGAUCAUUCCCCUGGCUGAUGGGAGAACGUGGACAUCCAUGACGGGGGGCGUGUUCUUUCCUGUCGAGGACACCUCAAUUCCGUCGCAUCUUCGUAUCCCAAUCGUUCAUACCGAUGCGGCAUCUGACCCUGAGAGGCGUCGCUUACUCAAGAUGAUGGGGGUCUGCGAUCUUACGAUGGAACACGUUGUUGCCCUUUUGCUGAGCAAUCAAGAAGGUCUUCGCGAAACCGACUACGUCUCCAACGCGCGCUUUUUCUACGCUCUUCGAAACAAGGAUCAGCCUCCGGACGUCUCCAGCCUCCGAUUUGCGGUUGAAACUGGCGAGGCCCUUCUUGGUUCGCAGGUCUAUCUUGCUGAAGCACACCGUCAUUCUGGCAAAUGUCUGCGAGACGAACUCAGCAGGCUCAAUCGCCCACCCCACUUCAUUACACCAUCGUACCUGUCCAGUGACGAUCCUCCAACCUGGCGGAAGUGGUUGGUGGAUGUGGGCAAGAUACGCACCGAGCCGGACCGAGCCGACAUCCCUGCCCUGUUCAGGGAUCGUCAACUUUCCUGUAUUCUGCGCAUACUCCGCCGAUUCUAUCGAGGGUCCGAUAACAAGGACAAAUGGAAGUCCGCCGUGCAGAGGGUGUCUCUGGAGGCUGGACAUGGGCGACCGUUUCGCUUCAAGGAUCUCUGUCUGCGACGCGGAAAGCUUCGCCUCAUAGACGAGAACAUAGGCUUGCGAUUUGUCCCCGUCACCUCCCCGGACAACACACGCUGGGACUUCUUAACCGACUUUGGUGUCUCCACGACCCUCGACCCCGAUCUCUCCCUGCGACUUUUGACUCUCCUGUCGCAGUCGAACAACACGACAGUACCGCUAGCACAGAUCACGGAGUACUAUGAAUUGAUAAAUGCUCGGAUAAGGAACAAUCCAACUUUCGGAGAUUGUGUACGGGAAGCUUUUGCUAGUGAGCGGUUGGUCUUCAUACCUGCAGAUGACUGCAACGGGAGGGAAGCGCGAUGGCGGAGUAUUCAAGAUGACCUUCUCUGGAGGGGCCCCAAGUCCUCAGUCCUCUACACCAGUCUUAGCAACUUCUACCCUAGCGCCCUCUCCGACUUAUUCGCAAGUGUCGGCAUCCCCGAGACAUCUCCCACCCAGGUCAUAGACGAGUUGCGAAGGCUCAGCGAGGACUAUGCCGGGCGAGUCUUGGACGAGCGCACUCGAUUGGCCGUUCAUGCGCUCCUGAACGACGUCUUUACUACCAGUUUACAGGAGCCGAACCCAGACCCGACCCUCCGCGAAUUCAUCUCAACGGUAGCAAUCUUCCCAGCCGAGGUUCACGACGGCGGGCAAACCAUCACAAACCGCCUUUACCGCCUUGCCGAUGUCUACGUCGCCGGUCGUAAUGCGCGUUUUACGGCAGCAUUUAGGAGAUAUGUGGCACUGAUGGCCGCAUUUCCCAACGACGAAGGCACCUUGUCACGCUUUCUGGCAUCCUCUGUUUGCUCUGGUCUGGUGCGUCGGCUGGACGACUGCGUCCGGGCUGAAUAUACCGCGUCCGACCCCGUCGACAUCGAUUCGGAGUUGCAAGAGAACCUGCAGCUCAGGUACCGUUUCAUAGAGCAAGAGGUCAUACGUACGGCCACAGAUAACGGGCGUCAUCCCGAACGCGAGCUUUCAACAAAACAGUCUUGCAUACUGUCCCAGUUGAAGACCGUCACUGUCCUCCGCGUCGACCGCAUCGACGUCAAGUGGACACUGGGCAAUGAAACUGUCCACGAGACAGAGAGUGUCUGGAUCGAGAACCUCCCGCCACACACCCGCGGGCCUCACCUGAACAUAUACUUGCUCCAGCGAACCUCGGACGUGAGACGCGAAGAGGACCUCCAAGCCCGUCUUUGCGGUGAAAUCGCGCGUCAACUUUCCAUCCAGUUAAGGGACAUACUGUCAAUCGUGCACACUCCGCUUCCAAGCCUUGAACUCCAAGAGCGGCUAGCACGAUACGGUGACGGUGUUUCAUCCACUGUGAGGGAGCCUCUGCGACCAAUACCACCGCCGCCUCCUACGAACUUCUCACUAACGUCGCCGCGUCAGUCGGCCUUAUCCCUCGCCCCUUCACGAGCAAAUGCGCCAAAUGACUUCCUGACGCAGGCAUCACAGUUGAUCCUCUCCGGCGCGACUUUCACGCCCUCGCCUGACACUGGACUCGUCUUGGACGUCCAUCGAUCUCGCUCAACGGCGCAUGUCUCGGCCCCGACUUCUUCGCUGGGCACACCUCACCGCUCACCCGCGAAGGGAUCGUCUCGGAUAACGACGAGCACCACACAGCGGUCGCCAUCAAAGCAAGCCACCCCGCGUUCUUCGGGCGGCAUUGUAGGAUCAUCUCCCACCUCAUAUCAGCAAGUCAACGGUGUUCUGGGCGAGACUGUGGUAUUUGAGAUAGUGUCUCGAAUCAUCGGACGCGAAGCAGCCGUGGAAUGCUGGACGAGCGAGCUCCGUGGGAAGACGGGCCAGCCUGAGUACAUACCGGACGGCGAAGUCUUCGGGGACUUCACGAUCAAGAACAGGGCGUGGGCCGAGCGGUUUGGUCGACAACUGUUCAAGGACGUGCCAGAGCUUCUUGGGCCGUGCAUACGCUCCGGGAACUGGCCGAGGAUCUACCUUGAGGUCAAGUCUACGUCAAGCCCUCGCGCGGCGGGUACGUCUGUUCAUCUGAGGGCUCGGCAGCUGGAGAUUGCGAGACGGAUGCACAUCAGUGCGUCUAUCGAGCCACCUCAAGACGUAUUCGUCCUCGUCCGGGUAUGGGAUGUCCGGAAACUGUCGCUGGAGAACGUCAAGUUCUACAUUGAUCCUUUCCAGAGCAUCCUGAACGGAGAACUGCGUUUCACGUCGGACGAUAUAGAGAUGAUGCUGGCGGAAGAUGACUCUGCCUGA